UACUCUUUGCCUCAUAUUAAAGUUUAUAGCUGAGUUUCACAGAACAUUCAGUUUUCGGUUCAAUAAAAUGCACUAUUCUUAUUUAGAUGCGUUUUAGUUUUACAUAUAUUAUCCAAUAUCGUGUAAUUGCUCCGAGCUUUACAGUUCUGUGCUAACUCUGCACUCAUCGUAUUUCACAACAUAAAUAAGAAUGAGUGAAUCAAUAUUUGUCACGUUACCUACUGAAAUUUUAAUUAAUAUAUUUCAAUAUCUAGAUUUUAAAUCAAUCUAUAAUUUAUACCUUUCAUGUGACAAAUUUCGAAGUGUGAUAGUUUUGUUCGGAAUUGGAAAGAAAUGUGAUAUGUCUCAAAAUACAAUGGCAUCAGUACGAUUCCUUAACACCAAAUUUAUGAAAGAAAUAUCACCAUUCAUUCAAGAAUUGAACUUGUUUGGUGUAGGCGAUUUGAAUAAGACUGCUCUCACAUUUGCUGUAAAGAGAAUGAAGUGCCUAAAAGUCUUAAAUGUUGGAUUUACAAAGAUAUGCAUACCAGAUAUGAUUCUUAUUUGCAAGAAAUGUCCUGCUAUUGAAAAUAUAACAAUCAACUUUUGUUCCGCUGUAAAAAAAGCAGAAAAAAGUGUUUUAAUGGAAUGUCAAAAUGUUUUUAGCCAAAUGAAAUUUGUACACUUUAUUGGUGAUGUAUUAAAUAAAUACUCUAUUAGAUUGGCAACAUGCAUAUUAAAUAAAGCUGCUCUCAUAAAACUUCAAAUUACAGCUACAGAAGGCACUUUGGAAGAUGUCUUCGUAACAACACCAAUAAAUUAUAAUGGUUUGCUUAUAUUCCAGGAACUUCAUCUAGAUUUUUUAAACCCGGAUCCAAGAUUAAGAUAUGAAUCACCUUUACGACAAAUAAGUUAUCUAUCUAAAAUUUCUAAUUUAGGUAGUUUUGAGUACAUACAUAUUUAUAGACAACAAUGCCAUAAAAAUAUGUAUAUGGUAUAUGGAACACCUUUAUUUGCCAAUUUUUUUAAAGAUUAUUUCAAUUUAAGUUUUUCAGAUGUAAAUAUUAUGAUCACAGAAUAUGUUCCUAAUGCUCGUUUUAAAUAUUGGCAAAAGGACAAAAUAAAAUUUGAUGACAAGUUUUUCAAGACAUUGUAUCUUGAAUUAAAAUCUUAUUUACCUUAUGAAAUUGAUGGUGCAAUUCAUCGUUCAGAAGCUCAGAAAUAUGAUAUGUUUUACACAUAUCCUCUUAAUCAUAAAACCACCAGGACUUGUGAAGAAUGCUAUGAGCCAAUUGUCAAAAAACUCAAAAACAGAUCCUCACAACUUAUAUCAUAUAAACUUGAUUACGAUUCAGUUUUUAUAGAUAAUAAGAAAAUUAAUUUAAAGCUUUAUUUUGAUAAUAAUAUUCAUGAAGUUGUAACAAUAUCUUCGGAAAGUAAUUAUCUAACUAAAUUAACUAGCUUAAGUAUAACCGGCCAUGUUAAAUAUAGUGCUGAUUUCUUUAAUGUGUUAUUUAGAUGCUGUCUUUGUCUUGACACUUUCGAUUAUGAUGGCUCUCCUAUACCAUAUAUUAAAUCAAUUGUAAGAUCAGUUCCAUUGAGUAAAUCUCUCAAGAAUAUUCGACUCAGAGAAAAACGAUUAGAUUUAAAUUUUAUUUUCUUAUUUUUAAGUCAGUGCAGUUCUUUAGAAAAUGUGCAUUUAUGUGAUUUAUGUUCUUUAAUUUCCAUUAACGUUAAAGAGCCUUAUGCAUUUUUUGAGAACUGUAAAAAUUUGUAUUGUUGUAAAAUAAUAUAUACCAAAUUAUGUGAUGAUUCAUGUAACAAAUUGAGAAAAAUUUUGAAUAAAACUAAAAUAAAAUUAUGUAAACAUUACAUAUCAGUUGAAGUGGAAACUAAAGAGAAAAACAAAUUAAGUCCCUGUAUAGGGAUUUUUAAAUAUGUUUUGUAAAAACUACAAAAUAUGGAUAAGGUACAUUAAGUCAAUAUGCUACAUAUAUGUAAUGUGUGUAAAUUGUAAAAGUAUGUAUAUUACUAGAUUAGAUCUAUUUAAGAGUAUAGUUUUUAUUAAAAUGGUAAAAUUGUAUAUAGUAUAAUGUGUCGUCCAGACAUGGGAAGAGUAAUAUUUUGAGAUCUUCGGCAAGGUUAGUACCACAGUUAGGUACCCAGCAGCAAUUGAUGCUAUUAUGCUAGAUGAGAGCAUCACACUUACCACCCUCGGUGUACUUGUAUAAAAAUAAAGAAAUGAAUUCCUAUCAUCCAAGAACUCAUGUUUUGAUCUUAUUGUUAAUAAUGAUAAUAUGAUUAUAGAUCAAUAAGUAUGCCUUUUUAAAAUUAAUCUGUGUUUUCUUCUUUCUGUGUUUGCUAUUUGCGACAAUUUGUUUGGCCUACUAAAAUACCCAGCACUACUGGAUAUUAGGCAUUAUUAUCUGGUACCUGCCUGGAUUCUAUAUAUUUGACGGAUACCAGAUCUGAACAAUGUAUCAAUCCUAUGUCUUGUAGUUUAAUUAUAAGUAUAUCAAUAAACAUUAAAACUGCAAUAUCAAA